AUGUCCACCCUUUCAGUGUUCUUGGAUGUGCCCGCAGCCCAGAAGCUAGAAGGCAGCUUGUUAAAGGCCUACAAACUAGACAAUUGCUCUAAGAAGAUGUUCCUGGCCUAUAAAGUCUGCAUGACCCAGGAAGGACAACCCUGGGUUUCUUUCGUGGUGCACAAAAUCCGGCGGCAGAUUGCACAGGAUCCCUCCCUGAACUAUGAGUAUCUACCGGUGAUGGGCAUGAAGUCAUUCAUCCAGGCCUCGUUGGGACUUCUCUUUGGAAAGCACAGCCAAGUCAUCGUGGAGAACAGGGCAGGGGGUGUGCACACUGUUGGUGACAGUGGUGCCUUCCAACUUGGGGCCCAGUUCCUCAAAACUUGGCGUGGGGAUUCUCAAAUAGUCUACGUCAUUUCUUCUCAAGUAGAACAACAUGGACUCAUCUUCCAGGACAUGGGCUUUAUAGUUUUUGAAUUCUCCUUCUGGGACUCUGAGCAGCUGUGCAUGGACCCCAAUAUACUCUUCAAUUUGGUGAAGGGGGCCCCAGAUGGCUGUAUCUUUGUGAUCGGGAAUAUUGACUACUGCAAGUUGACACAAAGUCAGUGGACAAAGUUGAUGGCCACCAUGAAGAAAAAGCGGAUAUUCCCAUUUUUUGACAUUCCCUAUCAAGGUUUAUCUACCGGUGACCUGGAAGAAGAUACUAGAUUCUUACAAUACUUCGUGUCUGAAGGCUUUGAAUUCUUCUGCAGCCAGUCUCUGUCCAAGAGUUUUGGCAUUUAUGAUGAAGGAGUGGGGAUCCUAGCCGUGGUGGCACUCAACAACCAGCUCCUGCUGUGUGUCCUCUCCCAGCUGAUGAACUUCGCCCUGGCCCUGUGGCUAAAUCCUCCAACCUCGGGUGCUCGCAUUAUCACCUCCAUCCUCUGUAACCCUGCUCUGUAUGAAACAUGGAAGCUGAGUCUGAAAGAGGUUGCAGAAAACAUUAUGCUCAUCAAAGAAAAGUUUAAAGAGAAGCUCCGGCUCCUGGGAACCCCUGGCUCCUGGGAUCACAUCACUAAUCAGAAUGGGACCCAUGGCUAUCUUGGACUCAACUUCCAACAGGUAGAAUAUUUGGUCAAGAAGAAACACAUCUACGUCCCCAGGAAUGGUCGGAUUAACUUCACCUGUAUCAAUGCCUCCAACAUAGAUUACAUCACUCAGAGCAUCAACGAGGCUAUCAUCUUCACAAAUGGCUCAGGGGGAAAAAAAAAGUCUCCAGCAAGUCAAUAG